AUGCUAUCUGCUGAGGUGCUGAGACAAGCGUGUGAACCGAUGGCUUUAAAUGGAGGACUCGCCGCCAGAGAGGCUGAUCACUCGUCACCAUUCGGAAGCUACCUCUCCUCAUCAUCCAGCGGGAGUUUCGGCAGUGACGCUGGUGGAGGACUUUUCGGGGCAAGAGGCUCUACAGCAUCAGGCCCUCGCAACGACUCGAUCUCUAUCGUCAACUCGUUUAUCCACCAUGCGAUGCCGAGCCAACCCUUCAAAUGGCUCGAUGAGCGCGAGUUGAAGAAUAGAAACAGG